AUGACCCAAUCGGCGUUUGCACGGGCUUUGCCCGAUGAGAUUAGUCUAGCGCUGCCUGCCAGGUAUCUGGGUCCACAAAAGAAGCCACCGGAUAGUGCCUCCGCCAGACAGGCUACUCUGCAGACCCAGAGCGGGGAAGGAGGAGGAGGGACUGAGGCCGGAAAGCCAGCGGCUGGGAUUCCAACCCCAGUGCUAAAGGGAGCGUCCGCGUCGGGUCUUCUCUUCCCCAUUCCGGGGCAGGAGUGCGGGCUCCCAGCAGAGGACCUGGUGCUGCGUGCCGGUCCCGGAACCCGGCGGUGCUUAGGCGCGCACGCGCGCUUCACCUGGCGCCGUGGGCGCCGCAGGCAGGCGCGCGCGGAGCGGUGGGCGCCGAGGCGGGCGUGUGGUGGGCGGUGCGGAAGAGCCGGGGCCAGGCGCACGCAGAAGCCGCGCCUCCCCAGCGCCAGCGGAGCAUCCUUCCUCCUGACCAUCCCUGGAGGCGGCGCCCGAGACCCGACAGCCCGGGACCGCACGUCCAGAAUCCCCGGUGCGCCCCUCGCGUUCCUCACGGAACCGCCACCGCCCUCUCUAAAUGACGGCCGUGGCCUUUGGGAAGCCGCCGCGCCCAGUGCUCACGGUCAGCACCUGCCGGGCGUGGCCGCGAGCUCGGGCCGGCCCCAGGACCGCUGGCCUCGGCUGCGAGUGACCCUUGCGCCUGACGACCGCGAGGACCAGUACGAGGGCAGAGCAUCCUCGAUUGGAGAUGCCGUGACAGAAUCAUCCACAGCCGCGGUGGAAACAGGGUUUUUUUGGCUUUGUUUUGGUAACAAGGAGUGUUUUCUCGGUGAAAUGCUGUAUUCGUUAAAAGAAGAAAUGGCCCCCCAGGAGCUCACCCGGCGACUGGCCACCGUGAUCACUCAUGUCGACGAAAUUAUGCAACAGGAGGUCAGGCCGUUGGUGGCAGUGGAUAUAAUAGAACAGCUUCACAGACAGUUCGCCAUUCUCUCAGGAGGCCGAGGGAAGGAUGGUGCCCCCAUCAUCACUUUUCCAGAGUUUGCGGGGUUCAAACGCAUCCCAGAUGAGGACUUCCUCAAUGUCAUGACCUACCUGACCAGCAUCCCCAGCGCGGAGGCCGCCAGCAUCGGAUUCGUCAUUGUUAUCGACAGACGAAGGGACAAGUGGAGCUCCAUAAAGGCAUCCUUGACACGAAUAGCUGUGGCGUUUCCAGGAAACUUGCAGCUCAUAUUCAUCCUCCGCCCGUCCCACUUUAUCCAGAGGACGUUCACUGAAAUUGGCAUUAAAUACUAUCGAGACGAAUUUAAAAUGAAAGUCCCGAUCAUCAUGUUAAACUCCAUUUCUGACCUGCAUAGCUACAUUGACAGAAGCCAGCUGACCCAGGAGCUGGGGGGAACUCUGGAGUACCGCCACAGCCAGUGGAUCAGCCACCGCACUGUGAGUACCAACUUACGUGCGCUCUGAAUGCCUCUCCUUGUUCUCUGGGAGACAGAUCAACUGUGAGAGCCACAGCCCUUGACUGCCUAG